GUUCCAGGCAGUGGACGACAGGGUGCACUGCCGAGCAGGAAGUAAACGACGCUGUUGCAGUGACAGGAGAACUGAGCUGAACCGUGAACCGUCUGCUACAGAUUGCGGGCUUGUGAUUCAAUGGCUGAAGGAAAGAGUGCGCGUGCAGCGGGCUUCGUCGACAGCAGCGUUCACGUGGACGUCAAGCAUUAUUAUGGCCAGUUGAAGAAAACCUCGGACCUGAAGACCAACGCCUGUGUGGCUCCGGCGCAGCCCGUCCCCGCCUUCAUCCGCCAGGCUCUGAAGAAAGUGCACCCCGAGGUCACCGACAGGUACUACGGCUGUGGCCUGGUGGUCCCGGAGUGCCUGGAGGGCUGCAGGAUACUGGACCUGGGCAGCGGGAGCGGUAGGGACUGCUACAUGCUGAGUCAGCUGGUGGGCGAGAAGGGCCAUGUCACUGGCAUAGACAUGACCGACGACCAGCUCCAAGUGGCAAAGACAUAUGUGGACUACCACAUGCAAGAGUUUGGCUUCAAGAAGCCCAAUGUCAGUUUUGUCCAGGGCUACAUUGAGGCCCUGUCAGAAGCAGGUCUGGAAAAGAGUUCAUUCGAUCUCAUCAUUUCCAACUGUGUGGUGAAUCUCUCUCCGGACAAGAGGCAAGUCCUGGCUGAAGCCUACAGUGUACUCAAGGAUGGUGGCGAGUUGUACUUCAGUGAUGUCUACAGCAGUGGAAGACUAACAGAGGAAAUUAAAAAACACAAAGUGCUAUGGGGUGAGUGCCUCGGCGGAGCGCUCUGGUGGGAGGAUCUGCUGCAACUGGCCGAAGAAGUGGGCUUCAGCCCCCCACGACUAGUUACAGCCAAUGUCAUCACUGUCGAUAACAAAGAUCUGCAGGACGUUCUGGGUAACUUCAAGUUUGUCUCUGCCACAUACCGCCUGUUUAAGGUCCCUAAAAGCAACACCAAGCCCUGUCAGGUCAUGUAUAAUGGGGACAUUACUGGCGUAGAAGACAAGUUCCAGUUUGACUGUCAGUACACAUUCAAGGCCGAUGAAGUCGUGGAGGUGGAUGGAGAGGUGGCCAGUAUCCUGGCCCAUUCCAGAUUUGCGGAGGACUUCACUUUCCAGCCGCCUGGAGGCCCCUGUGGGCCCUGUGGAGUCAAACCUACGGCAGGCGUCGUGGAUCCUUUCGAGCUGGUCCUUAAGCUGGAGAAGCAAGGUCCGGGUUCAGCCACAGGGGGGUGCUGCAGUACACAGUCUGCCUCCUGCUGCAAGUGAUGGUGGGAAGAGCUCAGAGAAAAACAGGCCGAGCAUCACACUGUGAACGCAUAACAGAAGCACUUCAAAUGUACUGAAUCAAAUGUGCUUCGUGCACAGUAAUAUGUGUGUAAUCAUCAUUUCAAUGAAUACUCCUAACCCAGUGAAUUCUUUCACAAGUGUUUAGGGAUGUGCUGUACACUUGCUACUUAAUUUCCUCCCUGUGUAUUAAUUUCCUCUGUAUUUAAUCUUUUUUAAAGAACCAACAUUUUUAAAAAUGAAUUUAAUUUAUUCAGUUUAUUCAUGGUAAUGUUCCAUAAAUAAAAUUACUUUGACAGUGA